AUGUAUUUGCUUUUGCAACAAAUCCCCAUUUUCAGUGCAACCUUCUUGAUCUCUAUUACUACAUUGUCCCUUUUCUUCAUUUACCUUAUUGUGAGAAGGGAGUUUGGGUUUGGAUUUGGAUUUUGGCUGGGGAAGAAAAGGUAUCAUCCUGUGGGGGGUACUAUACUCAACCAGCUUCUCAACUUCAACAGGCUACAUGAUUAUAUUACAGAUCUUGCAAGAAAGCACAGGACCUACAGAUUGAUCACUCACAACCCCUUCAAGGAUGAGGUUUACACCUCGGAUCCCAGGAAUGUCGAGCACAUGCUCAAGACCAAGUUCGACAACUAUGGCAAGGGAUGGUACAAUCACAGCAUGCUGAAGGACUUACUUGGCGACGGAAUUUUCACAGUUGAUGGCGAAAAGUGGCUGGAGCAAAGGAAAGCAUCAAGCCAUGAAUUUUCAGGGAAGGCUCUGAGGGACACAAGCGGAACUGUCUUCAAAAGGAAUGCUGUCAAGCUGGCUAAUAUAGUGUUGGAAGCCUCAAGCUCUGAUCAGCCACUGGAUAUUCAAGACCUUUUCAUGAAGUCGACUCUAGACUCAAUAUUCAAAGUAGCGUUUGGGGUGGAGCUGGACAGUAUGUGCAGCUCAACUGAGGAAGGAGCCCAAUUCAGUCAUGCUUUUGAUGAUGCAAGUGCACUCAUUGCAUGGAGAUACGUCGAUGUCCUGUGGAAGACAAAGAAGUUUCUCAACAUUGGUUUGGAGGCCAAAUUGAAGGAACAUAUAAAGGUGGUAGAUGAUUUUGUGUAUAAAGUAAUACACAGGAAGAUUCAACAAAUGCAGGAUCAUAGAAUGGAGUCGAAGAAAGAGGACAUCCUGUCAAGAUUCCUGCAGCUAUCAAAGACUGAUCCCAAGUACUUGAGAGAUAUAAUAUUGAACUUUGUAAUGGCUGGUAAAGACACAACAGCAACAACACUAUCCUGGUUCUUCUACAUGCUGUGCAAGCAUCCUCAUGUGCAGGAAACGGUGGCCGAAGAGAUCAGCGACAUAAUCAGCUUGAAACCAGAUGAAACUAUUCAAGAAUUUGGAGCUAGAUUAUGUGAAGAAGCUCUGGAUAAGAUGCAUAAUCUUCACUCAGCGUUGACAGAAACUCUUCGACUAUAUCCUCCAGUCCCUGUGGAUCCAAAAUUGUGCUUAGCAGAUGAUACGUUCCCUGAUGGUUACCAAGUGAAGAAAGGGGAUGUAGUGGCUUACCUGCCUUAUGCAAUGGGAAGGAUGAAAGGCAUCUGGGGUGAUGAUGCAGAGGAGUUCAAACCAGAACGAUGGCUAGAUGAAAAUGGCCGUUUCCAGCAGCAGAGUCCCUUCAAAUUCACAGCUUUUCAGGCUGGACCACGCAUCUGCUUGGGGAAGGAGUUUGCAUAUAGACAAAUGAAGAUAUUGUCAGCUGUUCUUCUAAGAUUCUUUAUAUUCAAACUGAGUGAUGAGAAGAAGCCAGUGAAGUACAGGACAAUGAUCAAUCUUCAUAUAAAUGGCGGGCUACACAUUCACGCUUUCCGAAGAUACAACAAGAAAUCUACAUGAUCUGAGGCGCCAUGUACUUCCUCUGUAAUAAUCAUGACCA